AUGUCACCUUCAGCCAAGUUCCGCCAUGUCCUCUCGAGCUUCGUCUCGAACAUGCUCAAUCGCCUGCAUGGGCAACCUGAGAGCUAUGAUAAGAAGUCCAAAUAUCGUUUUGGGCGCACCUUAGGCGCGGGCACCUAUGGCAUCGUCAGGGAGGCCGAGGGCCCUGAUGGCAGGGUUGCUAUCAAGAUCAUCCUGAAGAAGAACGUGCGGGGCAACGAGCGCAUGGUCCUCGACGAGCUGGAUAUGCUCCAACGUCUCAAGCACCCUCACAUCGUCAAGUUCGUUGACUGGUUCGAGUCGAGAGACAAGUACUAUAUCGUCACAGAACUUGCCACCGGUGGAGAGCUGUUCGACAGAAUUUGCCAACAGGGCAAGUUCACCGAGAAGGACGCCUCCCAAACCAUUAAGCAGGUCUUGGGCGCCGUCGACUAUCUCCACAAGAACAAUGUCGUUCACAGAGAUCUCAAACCCGAGAACUUGCUCUACCUCACCAAAGAGGCCGAUUCCGACCUCGUCCUCGCCGAUUUUGGCAUCGCAAAGAUGCUCGGCACCAAGGACGAGGUUCUCACCACCAUGGCUGGCUCUUUCGGGUAUGCCGCCCCCGAGGUCAUGCUCAAGCAGGGCCACGGCAAGCCUGUGGAUAUGUGGUCCCUGGGUAUCAUCACCUACACCCUCCUGUGCGGUUACUCGCCAUUCCGGUCCGAGAACCUCCAGGAUCUCAUCGACGAGUGCAGCGCCUGCCACGUCGUCUUCCACGACCGGUACUGGAAGGACGUCAGUGAUGAUGCCAAGGAUUUCAUCCUGAAGCUGCUGAAGGCUAAGCCUGAAGACCGGUGGUCUAGCGAGCAAGCCCUCGCUCACCCCUGGCUCAGCGGCGAGAACGCCACCGACCACAACUUGCUGCCCGAGAUCAGGGCUUAUCUCACUCGCGCGCGCUUGCGCAGAGGCAUCGAGAUGGUCAAGCUGGCCAACCGCAUCGAGGCGCUCAAGAUGCAGGAAGAUGAUCCCGAGAAUUCGGACAUGCCAAAGGAUGCUACGUCAGCAGCGAACCAGACGCGUCAUUUCCAGUCGGGCAAGAAUGCUAACGAAGAGGGCAGCAGCGGCGGUGGCGGCAGCAGUGGAGAGAAAAAGGAGGGUGAGCAAGCAGCGGGGGAGAAGCGCACAUUGAGCAAGGCGAUCAAGGGGGCUAUUUUCCGUGAGGUUGUUAUGGCCAAGGUCAGGGAAAUGAAGGAGCAGGAGGAGACGUUGAAGGUUACUGGGGAGGCUACGGGGGAGGGGUCGAAGUAA